AUGGACAGCGUUCGAGCCGGACCUUUUGGUCAGCUCUUCCGCCCGGACAACUUCGUGUUUGGCCAAACAGGAGCUGGAAAUAAUUGGGCCAAAGGACACUACACCGAAGGUGCCGAGUUAAUCGACUCGGUGCUUGAUGUGGUGCGCAAGGAAGCGGAGGGAUGCGACUGCCUGCAGGGUUUUCAGCUCUGCCACUCCCUCGGUGGCGGCACCGGCGCGGGCAUGGGCACGUUGCUGAUCUCAAAGGUGCGAGAGGA